CAAAGCAUUCCAAAAGAUCCGAAUUCGAAAACCGAAUCAAAAAUGUCGGGUCGGGGCAAGGGAGGCAAGGGUUUGGGCAAAGGCGGAGCCAAGCGGCACAGGAAGGUCCUCCGCGACAACAUCCAGGGCAUCACGAAGCCGGCCAUACGCCGUCUCGCUCGCCGUGGCGGAGUGAAGAGGAUCAGCGGCCUCAUCUACGAGGAGACACGUGGCGUCCUCAAGAUCUUCCUGGAGAAUGUGAUCCGCGACGCCGUGACGUACACCGAGCACGCCAGGAGAAAGACGGUGACGGCCAUGGACGUCGUCUACGCGCUCAAGAGGCAAGGCAGGACUCUCUAUGGGUUCGGCGGCUAGGGUUGUGGUUUGGGAUAUGGGGAAUUGUAAAGGGGAUUUUGGGUUGUGGUUUCGGCUGUGGUUGGAUUUAGGGUUUUUCUUAUAAAGUAGUAGUGGGCUUUGAAGUUGUUGUUAGGUUUAUUUUGAAUGAAGAAUCGACUUGCUUCUUUUACCUGAUGUUGUUAAUUGAAUGGUUUGCAUUUGAUCUGAAAUUUCAAUUUGUUGAACGAUACUGGUAAUUCUGUGACUCCAUUUGAGUUUAUAGGUUCCAAUUUGUGAAAAUAGGUGUUCGUUUUUGUUAUUCCACAUUGGUUUGGAGAUAACUGCUCCUGUACUUGGCAUGAAAAUCACAAUUCCGGG